UUGGUCAGUCAGCUGAUCGACGUAGUUUGUAAACAUGGAGCCGCUCUCUGCGAAAUGUCUCUCGGUUGUCGCGUUUUCUUCUUAGAGGCAGAAUGAGCUGCGCGUGAAUGACCCCCUGUCACCAUGGGGCAACGCUACAACGGAGAAGAGAGCGUCGUGCGGCUGCUUGGCGAGCGACAGUUCAAGGACAGGAGUAUCACACGUGUCCAAAGGAAGUUGCAAGUUACGGAAGAGCUGGUAGCAAGACUUGGUCUUGAAGCUGAACUUGAGGGUCAUGCAGGUUGCGUGAACUGCUUGGAAUGGAAUCAGAAGGGAGAGAUCCUUGCCAGUGGGUCGGACGAUGUACAGAUAAUGUUAUGGGAUCCGUUUCGACAUCGGAGGCUCCACACAAUUCCAAGUGGACAUCAUGGCAACAUAUUCUCAAUAAAGUUCCUGCCUUACUCUGGCGACAGCCUGAUGGCGAGUGGAGCGGCAGACUUCAAGAUCCGUGUGCACGACAUUCAUGCACGAGAGACUACUAUGGUCUGCAGCUGUCACACCAGUCGGGUCAAACGGCUAGCAACUGCAGCAAGUGUGCCCUUUGUGUUCUGGAGUGCUGCUGAGGAUGGUGUCAUUCUGCAGUUUGACUAUCGGACACCGCAUCAGUGCACGGCGGAUGCAAACCAUGUGUUAGUGAACCUUGGCUACCACCUGGGGCGCAAUGUAGAAGCCAAGUGUAUCGCUGUGAACCAGCUCCAACCGCACCUGGUGGCCGUGGGUGCCAACGAUUCAUACAUUCGUCUCUAUGACCGGCGUAUGAUCAACACCACUAAGCUCACAAGGUUCAACAGUUCUUCCAAGCCUGAUGUGGAGUCUGAUAACCUCCCACCUGGCUGUGUAACUUAUUUUGCUGCAGGUCACCUUCCAUUAAAGUAUCCCAGAAAGAGGUAUCGCACGUUAGCCUCAACCUAUGUUGCCUUCAGCCCUGAUGGCAGCGAACUUCUUGCCAAUUUAGGUGGCGAGCAGAUUUACUUAUUUAACAUCAACCAUCCACGACAGCCAAAAAGCUUUGACCUUCAGAGCUUCACAUCAUCACUUCACUCAAAUGGGUUGUGCAAAAACUUGGCCGAGGGAGGCAGUAGUCCUGCAAAUGGAUUCAGCACUCACAAGAACGGCAUCUCCAAUGGAAUGGUUUCCAACGGAAUGAAGCAGAAUGGAAUAGUUGCAUCCACAGAUGCCCCUCCUGUUUCGUCAAGUACAAAGUGGGGGCCUGCCAACAGCAAGCCACUGCCACCCAACGUAGAGGCCAUAAAAUGCAAAGCAAAUGAGAAGUUUGGCAAGCAGAAGUACACCUUGGCCAUUAACCUCUACAACAAAGCCAUACGCAUGGUGUCCGACUCGCCAGUUCUCUACUGCAAUCGAGCAGCUGCCUUCAUGAAGCGAGCAUGGGACGGGGACAUGUAUGCCGCACUGAGGGACUGUCACACAUCUCUACAACUGGAAGCAGACUAUGUGAAGGCACACUUGCGGCUGGUGCGCUGCCUGUACGAGCUGCGCUGGACCAAGGAGGCCCUCGACUGCCUGCAGGCCUUCAAGUCACGCUUCCCCGACUGUGCCCUCGGCCAGGCCUGCCAGGCCCUGGAUCGAGACAUCAAGGCAGCCAUAUUCUCCAAGACUGAAAACGACUCUGAGGAAGGGAGCCGGUCUGAAUCUCAAAGCUCCAAUGGCAGUGCCAACUCCAGUCCUAAGCACAGGAGGCAGCCGCAAAUCACGGAGCAAGAAAAGGCGUGGCGUGCUGUGGCUUACGACUAUGAGCAGCGCUUCUGCGGCCACUGUAACACCACCACUGAUAUCAAGGAGGCGAACUUCUUUGGGAGUGCGGGUCAGUUUGUGGUGGCAGGCUCGGACGACGGCUCGUUCUUCGUGUGGGACAAGCAGAGCACGAACCUUGUUCGGGUGAUGCGUGGCGACGACUCUAUUGUCAACUGCCUGCAGCCACACCCGAGUACCUGUCUUCUAGCCACCAGUGGGAUAGACCCCGUGGUCCGGCUAUGGAGCCCAAAGCCUGAGGAUGGAAAGAAAGAAGAUAGGGAAGUGGUGGACUCUGAAGACGCCGCCGUAGCGAAUCAGCGUCGCAUGAACGCUGACCCACUGGAAGUGAUGCUCAUGAACAUGGGCUACCGUGUUCCUGGGCUCCUAGAGUCCGACGAAGUGGAAGUCGAGAACCGGAGCGGUGAAUCCAAUGUUGUCUCCUGCAGACCAAGCUAGGACAUUGUGUCUGCCCGCUGCAGCGAAGGCUUCCGCUGCCAGCAUUUCGUUGGUGCAAAAAAUGACGCUGACGACACCGCAGCAACCCUUCCCACUUCCCUCUUUUCUUUAGUCCUGAAAAAGGCUUAGGGUUUCACUAACUGUGCGAGAGGCAGUACAGGGAUGACAGUGACGCUAAUAAAUUUGGAGAUAAAGAAAAGAUUUGAUUGUCGCACUUGCUGAAAGUCUCUGAGAAGCUGCAUGAAACACUUGCACAAUGCUUUGCUGAACUAUCGAAGCUAUCAUUCUUUAGAAGAGCAAAAAACAGUGGCAAGCCCAGUCGGAAGUGGCAUUUUCUGUUUAAUGGUAACACAAAAAGAAAAGGUGUUAGAACAGUGAAAGGAAACUAUUUUUUUUUUUUUCUUGUGUCCAGCGGUGCUGUUGAUCAGGAAAGUACCAGAAUAAGGAAUCAAGAAUGAUGUAGCCAUAAUGGACAAUGAUGCCUAAACAUUAUGCUGUUAUGCUUUUGCCCACUAUUCAGUGGUAUGAUGGCAAGCAGGAAUAGUACUCUAUUUGCAUUCUGCAUGAAAAUUUUCAUACUAACUCACCCACAGGUGACACUUGAAACAUCACUACUUGUUGAUGCAUAGCUAUACCACAUACAACUAAUUUGGGUGCACUAAAUGUUAAAGCUGAACAUGUGCUUUGCUUCAAGUUGCACCUGAAACUUGCAGUGAAGAAAUUUAAAUGGCGCACAAAUAGCUAUUGUGUUCAAGCAGUACUGGUACCCAUUAUAUACAGUAGGACCUUGUCAUAGUAACUGAACUUAUGGUAUACAUGUUCUUCCCAAAUCAAGUGCUUUCACUGGCAAAGAAAUUAGACAACAAUGGAAUUAGUGACGAUAAUGUGUUGGCUGCUCUAUUGGUAAAGCUUUUAGUUCAUAAGUUGAAGUGGGAGUACCGGAACAAGAAUGUUACUGGAACUGUGACAGGAAUGCCCCAUAUCUGGACCACUUUUCGUAAAAAUGCGGCCAUCUCUGAAUAUAUUCACAGUGCACAAAAAUAAUUGACCUUUCUUCUCUGACACCAAAAUUCAUCUCUCUUUCUCUUGCAUUAAAUGUUAAACAAAAUCUCACUUGUCUGUUUGCUUAGGUCACUUUUUAUUUGCGUUAAACACAAUUUCUAAUUAAGAGAUUCAGUGCGAUUAUUCAGUGGCUGUAGCACUCUGCUGCUAAGCACGAGUUUGCCGGUACAAUUCCCUGCUUUGGGGGGCACAUUCCAGCGUUAGUGGAAUGCAAGAACAUCCAUCUUGGGGGGCUGCAUUCCAACAUGGGUGGAAUGAAAAAUACUCGUCAUGGGCGCAUAUCAAAAGAGCAACAGGUGGUUCAAAUUAAUCUGGAGCCCUUCACUGUGGCAUCUCUUGCAGCUCCUGUAUGUUGCUAUGGGACAUUAAAUUCCAUCAAUUAGCCAAUCUUGAUUCAGAGAAUCGCUGCAUUUUUAACGAGGCAUAAAACGUAUACAUUAAAGUCAGUUGCACUGAUCAAGUCACUGUUUUGUAUUAACAAGCGGGUCUAAAUGAAGGAAAAAGAGAGGCCAUGUCUAUACAUGUACAACCUUUCCGACUGAACGUACUCUGCCAGCAAAAAGCUACCUUUCUUUCAAUACUGUGUGCUGCCAUCAGUACCAAAAUUGUCUCUUGUUCACUUUACUAUACUGUGAUCUGCAAUGAAGCUGAGUGAGGCAUGUAGAGAUGAGUUGGUGGGCAGAGGAGGAAUGCUAUUGCAUUAUAGCACAACAUGGUUCAUUGACCCGUGUCUUUACACAACGUAGCGCACUUGCACGAUUGUCAAGACGUGGUGCAGGUGAUCCACGAGCAUAACUGGAAUGCCACUAUCAGCCCGUGCCGAUUAUGAAAUUAUCAUUGUAAGGCACAUUGUCUGUGAGUGUGUAUCUUUUGCUUGCUGAUUAUUAAUUGUACUGAUAUAGUUUAGUACAUUAUAAUGAAGGUUUGCAAAAUCAGCCUGGAUAUAACAGCAUGCAAUUAUGUAAAACAAUCUCACGUCUUGGCUGCUUUCAACAUAAGUGGACUGAAACACAGUUAAAAAUCAAUUUUCGGUUAAUGCUAGGAAGCAUGGGAAAACAAACUGAAUUUAUUGCCAGAACUGCAUGCUUAGCCAAAGUAAAGGCCACCGAACCAAAGGACAGCAUGGCAUAGAAGAAAACACAUUAAAGUUUCCUGGAUGGCGGCCUUGUUACACUCCAACUUAUGCAUGGAUGUCAACAGCUUAAAAAACACUGCAUCAAAGUCUGCGAUAAUGCAAGCUCCUUUUCUGCCUGGCCAAGCAGACUACCUGUCUUAACAUAAGGCUGCACAAUGGUGUUAGCCAGACUUACCAGUGUGUCCAUGGCAAGUCUGGCCCACUUCAUGGUGGGCCCAUGGAAUGUUGGAACCUUAUCUGCUAGUGUUAGAGUUGAUGUUGAAAAUGCUGGCACCUUGUGUCGGCUUUGAGAAGUAAUCGUGCAAGAUGUCAAUCUUAUCAACUGUUACUGGUAGUCUGUUAUGUCAUGUUAAUAGCAGAGAAAUGGUGUCAAUUCUUAGAGGGAAUAAAUAAUUAUUUGUGCACCCAUUAGCAGCCUAAAUUUAAUAUGCUCUGCAGAAUUAUGCUUAACAGAUAAGAUAACUACUUAGAUCUCACAACUGUGAGAUAGGGGUGCUCUCUUCGAGUGGCCAAACCUGUAAUGACCCAAAAUAAGUCUUGAAGCUCCAUGCCCCCCCCCCCCCCCCCCCAACCCUUUUCGAGCUUUAUCAAAAAUUUUUGCAAGUGUUAAAAAAAAAAGAAAACAUUCACAAUAAUCUAUAUGGAGAGGGGAAGCUCUCUUCUUGAGACACUGGAGUAGAUAUCUGAUGAAUCCAUUAUUCCUGGGUGGCUGCAACAUAGAAUUGGACCAUUAGGAAAGCCAAGCUACGCAGUGUCACUGCUGAUGAAGCAUGCUGUUCCAUUUGAUCUUAUCACCUUGCUGUAACUGGAAGAGAGGGGAGUCUGAUAGGUACUGCAUUGGCAUGUGUACAUAAACUUUUUUUUUUUAGAGUUGCAUGAAGUGUUAUCUUGGCGAGGUCAAUAGACCUUGUUUUAGUAACUUGUCAGGGUUGAAAGAGCAGUUUAGGUGGCAACCUACAUACUGCGCUAUAUAUAACUAUUAUAAAGCAGUGAGUGUUACAAGUUAUUUAAACAAGUUAUCGUUACAGAACCCUAAAAUGUUAAUGACAAAAUGAGUCAGCAGUGCUAGCAAAGUGCCACUUACAAGCUGGUCAACACCAGAACAGACAAAUGUCCACUUCUGUGAACUCAUGCUUACAAGGUUCAACGCUUUCUUGAGCUUAUAGUGUUCACACUCAGGAUGAAAUACUUUCUAGUUUAUUCCUUGUUCUCCCCAUAACAAGAGCCUUAGAAUUUUUUUUUUUAAACCAGGGAAUGCAAGAACAAAGCUGCAAUUUUUAACAUGAGAAGCUAUGCACACAGCACAUGACAGAGGAAAGAGUUUUCUUUCCGUUUUUUUUCUUUUCUGUGUUGCAUUGGAGAGAUGCUGUUGUUUUACUAACAGCCAGCUCAGUAUGCUUUAUGCUUUGUACCAUGUCUGAGUCACUCGAGUCAUCUCUUGUUACUUUAAUAAAAGGCUUUGUGUAA